GAAGAAGGUGUCGUCUGUCCCUGCCGAGUGGAGGUACGGAGAUUCUCCACUAUCCGCGCGUGUCCUACGCUACCGUCCUCUGUCAUCGAGAGGGAUAUCCACCGAAGUCGGCAUAUGCGCAUUGUAGUGUUUCUGCUGUUGGCAGUGAAGUGUGUGCGUGCGUGCUCGUGAAAAUUCAAGUGCUGUGAGAAGAAAUUCAGUGAAAAAGAGAAGCGGAAUUUCGGAAGUGGAGUGCAGCAGUGAUUGAGCAAUGCGAGAAUGGAGUCGAUUAGAAGAAAACUUGCUGCAAAUCCCCGGGAAAGUGCCAACGUCCUGUCGAUACUGACCUUUUGGUGGACUAUAGAUUUAUUCAAGAAAGGUUACACCAAAGUGCUGGAGUUGCAAGAUUUGUUUCGACCGCUGGAUGUGGAUAAAUCGGAAGCGCUCGGGGAUCGAUUGGAACAAAAAUGGUUCGCACAGCAGUCCGGCCCGGGACGGCCAUCGCUCAUCAAGGCUAUCUUCAAAACAUUCUGGUGGGAGUACAGCGUGCUCGGUUUCAUCGUCGUCGUCAACGACAUCUUCAUCCGAUUGGCUCAGCCCAUCUUCCUCGGCUGGCUGCUGCAAUAUUUCAGGAAAGACACCGACGUUACACGUGAGAAUGCAUUCUACUAUGCCGGCGCUAUCGUGCUGUUGAAUGCACUGAGCGUUAUCACCAUCAAUCAGUACAUACUGGGUAGCUUCCAGAAUGGAAUGAAGGUGCGAAUCGCCGUGUGCAGUGUGAUAUACCGGAAGGCACUGCGAUUGUCCCGGACGGCCUUAGGUGAUACGGCACCCGGUAAGGUGGUCAAUCUCCUAUCGAACGAUGUCAAUCGGUUUGAUAUCGUGUCGGUUUUCCUGCAUUCGAUGUGGUCCGCUCCGCUGUUGAGCAUCAUUGUCGGGGUGUUGCUGUACAUCGAGAUCGGAGUGGCUGGGUUGAUUGGGAUGAUUGUGAUCUUCAUCGUGACACCGAUUCAGGCGUAUACGGGCAAGUUAACUUCCCGUUUUCGCCUGCAGACGGCACUGAGGACGGACGAGAGAAUUCGGCUGAUGGAUGAAAUCAUCUCGGGGAUUCAGGUCAUUAAGAUGUAUGCUUGGGAGAAGCCUUUUUCGAAAUUGAUUAAGCUAGCUAGGAGACUGGAGCUGAAAAUUGUGAAGAAGAGUGCGUACGUGCGGGGACUGUACAUGACGUUUUUGUUGUUUACAACCAGGAUGGCGUUGUUCUGUACGAUGAUGGCUAUGGUUUUACUGGGGAAUGAUCUGACGGCUGCUAAGGUGUUUGUGGUAUCGACGUAUUUCGCUAUCCUGGCAAACACGAUGUCUGCUAUGUUCGUGCGAGGUAUUGCGGAGAUUGCUGAGGCGCUGGUCGCUAUGAAGCGCUUGCAACGGUUCCUAGAAUAUGCCGAAAAGGAAGGAGAAAUCUCCGGAGCCAAGGAGAAAUUCCUUAACGAGUUUGAAACUAAUGGGGAUAUUUCGGAGAAACAGAAGUUAAUCGAAUCGGAUACGCAGCUACCUCCGAACGUGGCGGUUUCCUUGAAGAACGUUACCGCUCGGUGGGGAGCAGUGAAACGUCAGGUGGAUCCAACGGCUAAAUCCGAUGCCAAAAAUGGGUCUGUACCAGUGCCAAAGAUCGUUGAAACGGUCAAACAGAUGGAAGAGGAGGAUGAAUCUUGGAAGACUGCUACGUUGUCGAAUAUCAACGUAGAUUUCCGUAAAGGCAUUUUGAUAGGAAUCAUAGGUCCAGUAGGCGCGGGUAAGUCAUCACUGUUGCAAGCCAUGCUGAAAGAGCUUCCCCUGGAAUCCGGAGCGAUUGUUAGCAAAGGUAAGUUUGCCUACGUGAGCCAGGAACCUUGGGUGUUUGCCGGAACGGUGCGGCAAAAUAUUCUGUUCGGACAACCCAUGGAAAAGGACCGAUACGAUGCUGUUGUGACGGCUUGUGCGUUAUUGAGGGAUUUUGAACAGCUACCUAAUGGCGAUAAGACAAUCAUAGGAGAACGAGGAGCAGCAUUGUCCGGAGGACAGAAAGCUAGGAUCAGUUUAGCUCGAGCGGUGUAUCGUCGGGCUGAUAUCUUUCUAAUGGACGACCCUCUGAGCGCGGUAGAUUCCCAUGUUGGACGGCAUUUGUUCGAUACCUGCAUAGGUCCUCGGGGACGUCUGGGUAAGCUGAAAGCGACGAGGAUAUUGGUGACCCAUCAGGUUCAUUUUCUAAAGGAAGCCGAUUGGGUCGUUGUGAUGAACGAGGGUAAAAUAACAAUACAGGGAACACCAUAUGAUCUCUCUCAAAAUGGAAUUGAUUUUGUCGAACUGCUGCAGAAACUGGAGGAGGAAGCCGGUGACGGGGAAAGCUCGAUCAUGACGUCAGAUAAGCGAAGUCGUCGAGAUUCACGUACAUCAUCGAGGUCCAUUGCCUCGUCGCACCAGUCGUUGGAUGACUUCGCCGAGGACGAGCAGGAGAAGGGUGAAAAGGAAAAAUCGAAAUCUCCGGAAGCCGACCAGAACAUGGAGCUGAGCUCCAAGGGAACCGUUCAGGGAUCGGUCCUGCUCAAUUACGUUCGCAGUGGCGCAAAUCCUGUGAUACUACUUUUCUUGUUUGUGCUGUUUCUAGCAACGCAGUUGGCUGCCAGCGGUGCUGAUUUUUGGGUUGCUUUUUGGACAUCCCAAGAAGAGCAGCGUAUCUUUAUACGGCACAAUCACACCGAUGGAGUUGCUAUCGAGCGAACCAAUACGUCUUUCAUCCUGGAAGAUCCACUACCGGAGGUGGAUUCCCAGAAUACAUCGCUACUAAGUACCGAACUCUGCAUGGCAGUGCACGGAGCUCUAGUGAUCGGUAUCUUCUUCAUAGCAAUCUCACGAUCGAUCAGCUUCUACCGAACGUCGGUCCGUGCUUCGCAGAAUCUCCACGACGCCAUGUUCAAGGGGUGCGUCUCGACAUCGAUGCGUUUCUACGAUACGAACCCAUCCGGGCGCAUUCUGAAUCGGUUUUCCAAGGACAUGGGAUCGGUCGAUGAACUCCUGCCGAAGGCGAUCCUCGAUGCGUCGCAAAUCAUUCUCAACAUGAUCGGUACGAUUAUCGUAACGGUGAUUGUUAAUCCGAUGUUUCUGAUCCCGCUGGCGUUUCUGGGAGUCAUAUUUGUUUACCUGAGGAAGAUCUAUCUGAAGACUUCGAAGAACAUCAAGCGUCUCGAGGGAAUCACACGCUCUCCGGUCUUCUCGCAUCUAGCUGCAUCGCUAGCCGGGCUUCCUACAAUUCGUGCCUUCGGCGCACAGGGUGAAUUGAUCAAGGAAUUCGACUCCCAUCAGGACAUUCACACGGCUGCCUUCUACAUGUUUCUCACCAGCAGCACAGCGUUUGGCUUUGCGUUGGACCUUCUGUGUCUAAUUUUUCUUAUGGUCGUUGUAUUUAGUUUUCUUCUGUUCGAUACCAACAUUCUGGGCGACAGGGUAGGAUUGGCCAUCACUCAAGCGAUGGCCUUAACCGGAAUGAUGCAGUGGGGUAUUCGACAGAGCGCGGAAGUCGCCAACUUUAUGAUGUCUGUCGAACGUCUACUGGAGUAUCGGGAUCUGAAACCUGAAAAGCAACCGGACCCACCGAGGAUUUUGAACAAAGGUUGGCCGGAAGCUGGGCGUAUCCGGUUAAAAAAUGUCAACUAUCGAUACUACGAGGGUGGAAACCUGGUUCUGAAGAAUUUGGACUUUGAGAUAAACCCCAUGGAAAAGAUUGGAAUCGUGGGACGUACCGGAGCUGGAAAAUCCUCUCUAAUAGGAGCUCUGUUCCGAUUGGCGCAGAUCGAGGGAGAUAUUCUUAUCGAUGGAGUGAAUACUGGGGAGAUCUCAUUGGAAAAUUUGAGAUCCAAGGUUUCUAUCAUUCCUCAAGAUCCGGUUCUAUUUUCCGGAACGUUACGGAAAAAUCUCGAUCCAUUUGAAGAUUACCCAGAUUCGGAACUCUGGAAUGCACUUGGGCAAGUCGAGUUGAAAGAAAUUGCUAACGGUCCAUUGGGUCUGCAGAUGGCGGUUGCCGCCGGAGGCUCGAAUUUCAGCGUCGGGCAACGACAACUGAUCUGUCUGGCCCGUGCCAUCCUGAGAAGUAAUCGCGUACUCGUACUGGACGAGGCCACAGCGAACGUGGAUCCAAACACCGACCGUCUGAUUCAGGAGACGAUCCGUAUAAAGUUUGCCGACUGCACCGUCUUGACCAUCGCCCAUCGACUGAACACCAUUAUGGAUUCGGAUCGGGUCUUGGUCAUGGAUGCAGGCGAAUCGGUCGAAUUCGGCACCCCACACGAUCUGCUGCAGAUGCCGGUGGGUGUCUUUAAGGAAAUGGUUCUUGCCACCGGACCGUCGGAAUCGGAGAGACUCAUACAAAUUGCCAAACAGAAGUACGAUGAAUUGGCGGCCAGUGGGUAGACGAGGAUGUGGAGAUAGAGCUUGGGCGAUGCGGUGCGACCAGAAGUACAAAAAGUGUCCUUAUCAAUGUUUGUUUCGAACAAAUUAAUCGUGUAUAACGAAUACCAAGAGCAAAUUUUUACGGUUGAUGCAACCUUAAUUGUUAACGAAUCUGCAGCCAGUAGGUGUUACCACCAGUUUAUAUUACUUUAAAAUUAGUUAUUUAAAUACGGAAUCUGUGAGACACUGAUCGCCAGUUUGUCGAGUAAAAAACCAUAUUCUAAGUUCAAACCACUUUAAAAUUUAAUGUUAACAUGUCUCUAGGCUCAUUUUGAAUAUAUACCGAUAUUAAAUUAUGUGACGUGGAUAUAUAUUGUUUCAACUUAUUAU